GCGCGACCCUGCAAUGUGUGGGUUGCUCCGUAUUCUCCGUCGUCUCCUUGGGGCGUUCGUCUUCGCGGCUCGGAAUGUUCCCGGAACUCAAUAACCUUCUCAACACCACCCCUGACAGGGCGGAGCAGGGGAAAUUGACUCUACUGUGUGAUGCCAAGACAGAUGGCAGUUUCCUGGUGCACCAUUUUCUCUCCUUCUACCUCAAAGCUAAUUGUAAAGUCUGCUUUGUGGCAUUCAUCCAAUCCUUCAGUCACUACAAUAUCGUGGCACAGAAGCUGGGUGUUAGCCUGACCACGGCACGGGAACGUGGGCAGCUUGUGUUCCUCGAGGGUCUCAAGUCCUCAGUGGAUGUCUUCUUCAGGGCUCAGGAGGAGCCACACCCCUUGCAGUUUCUCAGGGAGGCCAACGCUGAGAACCUGCAGCCACUGUAUGAGUUUGUGCGAGAGGCCCUGAAGCCUGUGGACAAUGGGGAGGCUGCGUGGAGGUGCCCGGUGCUGCUGGUGGACGACCUCAGUGUGCUGCUGAGCCUGGGUGUGGGGGCAGUGGCCGUGCUGGACUUCAUCCACUACUGCAGAGCCACUGUGUGCUGUGAACUAAAGGGAAACAUAGUGGCACUUGUGCAUGACAGUGGAGACGCUGAGGACGAGGAGAACGACAUCCUGCUGAAUGGCCUUAGUCACCAGAGCCACCUGAUCCUGCGGGCCGAGGGCCUGGCCACUGGCUUCUGCAGGGAUGUUCAUGGGCAGCUGAGGAUCCUGUGGAGGAGACCAUCACAGCUCACAGCCCAGCGGGAUCGGAGCCUCACUUACCAGUACAAGAUACAGGACAAGAGUGUGUCCUUUUUCGCCAAAGGAAUGUCUCCUGCUGUUCUGUGACCUCACUUAGAGGCAGCUGCAGAUACCUUGACUAUUUUCAGAUGUGAAAGAUAAAGCAGCCGAGUAGGAAUGGAUCUUUACACCUUUGUAGUAGUAUCUCAGGCUGGACUGGCAGCUCCGCGUGACCCAACGAUGGUCGAAUGGUGCUGUGACGGUAUGCCUUUGUUCCCCUGGGCCCUGCUCAGAAAACACGUGAGGACUCUGCAGCCCUGCCUCUGCUGAGAGACGCUGCAUGUGGAACCUGGGUGAAAAGGGGUCCUUUGGAGCCUUCCGUGUAGAUUUGCUUUAGCCCCAACUACCUGUUUCCAGUUGAGUGCCUUCCGGAGCCAGAGUGGGUAUGAAUGUGCCAGCUGGGAGACAGUCUUGGAUGGCAGGCAUCCAAGGUGACAACUAGGAUAGUCAUGGCCAGUAUCAAGUGAGGUCCCACCUCGUGGCUUCCCAUGGAUUGUCUCAUUUAAUUUUCACCUUCAUCCUGCAAAGGUAUUUUCUCUUAAGUCCAGUGAGGAGACAGGCUUAAACAGGUUUGAAAGCAUGCUCAAGGUUGUAGACCGGGCUGUAGGUAAUGGACCCCUGACUCUCAAGUCCACAUUUGCUGACUGACGCUCAAGGAAACCAGAGGCAGGUUCCCAGCCCAGUUCACAGCUUCGGUUCCUCCUGUUUCUUUCUUUCUUUUUUUUUUUGUGAGGAAGAUCAGCCCUGAGCUAACAUCCCUGCCAAUCCUCCUCUUUUUGCUGAGGAAGACUGGCCCUGAGCUAACAUCCGUGCUGAUCUUCCUCCACUUUAUGUGGGAUGCCGCCACAGUAUGGCCUGACAAACAGUGCGUUGGUGCGGCCCAGGAUCCGAACCCGGGCCGCCAGCAGCGGAGCGCGCACACUUAACCUCUAUGCCAUGGGGCCGGCCCCCGGUUCCUCCUGUUUCUGUGGUGCCUGGCCCAUAUGCUGAUGAGACCUAGCCAUCAAAGGCCUGGCACCCUGGCCUUGGUCACAUGAGGCCUUAUGUAGGGCCCAACUGUGUAUGGCCUUGGUGAGGGGGUAAGGAAUGUUCUUGCAGCUGAGCGGGAUGGGGCCUUGGCGACGAGCUGGUGCCUCUCUCAUCUGUGAAGACCACAGGAGGUGAACUGUUGCUUUAGCAUCCUGUAGCUGACAACUUGCCCCACUCAGCCCCUCAGUCAAGGUCACUUCAGAGUGGACACCAGGGGUAUUCUCAAAAUGGGUGCCUUUUAUUGUGUGUUAGUUAUCCCACUGAAACAGUAGCUGCUUGUCUUCUCAACAUACUGCAGACCUGAUAGAAUAUUUGAAAAUUAUAAGUGUAAGUAACUUAAAGUAGUUAUUAAAGAAUCUAAUGAUUCUUUUAUUAAUACUUCAGUAUUUAUACAAGCUUCAUAUGAACUACAGUUCUUAAUGGACAAAGCACCACAAAACAUUUUUUACAUGAUAUGAAUGUUGCUGUUAUGUUUCUUCCUACUUAAUUUGUAAAUACUUUCACUAAAUUUUUAAUGUUUGAUGGCUCUUCAGCAUUUUAUGGUGUCAUUAUAUUCUAAUUUGCUUAGCUUUUCUCUGGGCAUGUAGGUUCUAGUUUUUGUAAUUAUAGAUUAUGCUGUUAUGAAUUUUAUAUACUAUACCCAUAUAUAGGUAUGGAGGCAAGAACUUGUUUCCUUAGACCAUUCAUUCAUUCAUUCAACAAAUACUGAGCACCAUCUAUAUGGCAGGCUGCUGUAGGCACUGAGGGUAUGACAGUGACAAAACAGGUCCUGCCUGCAACAAAAUUGAGAAGUAAUAUAGCUAGAGUUAGACCAUAGUAAGUGCUAGAAAAAAAGCAGGGAAGGGGCCCAAGAAGAGUGAGGGAUGAUGGAAUUUUAGAGUCUACUGCCCAAAGUGGAAUUUCUGAAUUAAAGCCUGGGCUGGCACUCACAUGUUAUCAUGUUGUUCUUCAGAAUAAUGGAGCCAAUUAACAGUGAUCUAGGUUUUCCUCCACCAACAUUGAGUUUAACUUAUUUUUUAGUAAUUUAAUAGUUGUGUGGAAAUGGACAUUUCCUUAAUAAUGGAUAAUAAAGAAUGUAAUUUUCUGUCUGUAUUUUCCUGUGUGUACAGAAUCUGUUCCUCACCCUUAAUCACUUAUCAAUUAAAAUCUGGUGUCAAUCUUA